CUCUUGGGUUACGCCCACUGUCUAUUGGUUGCGUCUUACUCCUCUCUCCCUUUACUCUCAAGUGGACGCCCUCUUCUGCUGCCCAAUCAUCAUGAGUGCCGAACUUGCAGCACGUCGUUUUCAGCUUCGCCAAAGUAUGGCCCAUCGGAAGCCCGUCCCUGCAUACAUUCCUUCGCCUCCGUCGUCUCCCAAUAUUGGCCUUUUCCAGGGCACGAAACCUGCAUAUGCCUCGUCGAUGUCUGCAGUGGACUCACAGAGCAUGCCGCCAUUACCUGAAGGAUGGCGCGAAGCUAUUUAUCGUGCAACGUCGCUUCACUCUUUGGAUAAUUCGGACAGAUUCUACUUUUCACCCAACAACCACAGCUCCCCGGUUAGUCGCAACCACUUGCAUUCUCAUCGUCUUUAUUCUUCUAAUCUUAUUACAGUCGCCCAGGAGCGGUCGCACGCGUGUGCCUAGUGACGCUCGCUCUCGUUACUCAACCAAAAGUCCUGUUCGAGGGUCGCGCGUGUUUCGGCAGAGGUAUCGGCCACCAACACCGCCUAAGCCUGCCAUUCAUCGCAAGGACAGGCCUGAGGAUCAGCCCAACCCCAACUUUGAAACCCGGCAGGAGGCCAGAGGUUCCCAAAAUUAUGUUCAUGAAUCAUCUCAGAGUGAAAAGUACAGAGUCCCGACAUUGUCGACACAGCCUUCAUUCAUGACUGAAAAAUCCCGAUCAACAUUCGGCACGAGCUCGAUGGACUCGGGGACGAGCACCCCGGCAUCUCGAGGCCAGUCGCCAUUGGUGCAUGGUGUCACCAUUCUUCCGAUGUUCAUCGUAGCCAAGCCCGUGGCCAAACCGGCUCAAAGCCGUGGCUGUUUUUCAGGAAUCUGGAGUCGGGUGUUCAGAUGCUAAGGAGGGGGGACAAUUGGUGAAAAGACAUUGUGUUGCAUGUACAUCUAGUUUGUGUGUGUAUUUAAUGGGACAUCCGCUGGCGGAACACUUGGUCUUGAGCUGAUGGAGACAAGCAAAGAUAA